UAUAGAUAAUCUCGAUAAAUUGAUGUUUUGGGUGGCGGGCAGCGGCUCGUCACAACAACAACGAAAUGAUCACUUGACGAAAAUGGAGCUUAACUACAAAAUAUCGUCUCAACAGGGCCACUUCACCUUACCUACAAAAUGGAUGCCACAAGAUGGGGCUGGAAGGCAGAGGGUGGCGGUGGUGGCAGUGUUUGGCCGCAGUGGGCUGGAUGCUGGAGGCUGCAAAGCGGGAGCUGUCGAGGCAAUGGUGGGUCAGCAAAUCUUCUCUCGUGACCUCACUACACCCAUUGAUAUUGACCAGAGUGUGUUGACAGGUGUGGACGGGUAUUACGACAUGUCACGUCGCACAAUUUACCUCCAUCUGACGGCUGCCUAUGACACCGCCACGUUGGUCAGCUCGUUGGAGAAGAUGAAGACACUGCUACAGGAGAAGGGCUUUUUAAUGGCAUGGUCCUCUCUGAAACUGUCAUUUGCUAAGAGUCUACUGGUCUUAUUUUCCGUGUCACAUCUCCUGCUGCUGUGUCACCCCUCCCACACGUUUGACAUCACCUACAUACACCUCUUCCGCACCUUGGAUGCUAUCAGGUCCAAAGCACACAGCCACAUCUCAGAAAUCCUACGAUCUGUGCCUGGAAUAAGCAAGGACUGGAUAUCGUUUGGUCGUUUAUGUGCACCAAGAGUACUUUUUCUCUUCUCCUCUCGCCUUCUGCCCCCACAGAUCAAGGGAGGCGGGGUGGGAGGCCAGGAUGGGGCAUCACACAGGGUCCGGGGGGUAGGGGGACGCGGGUCAAAUCCUUCCAGCCCCAUUCGGAACCUGGAACUAGCGUUGGAAGACCAAAUAUACAGAUUGCUAAGGAAAAGUCGGGUCAUCACUAAUAUAAGUGCCAACUCUCUCUUUGCACUCCCAAACAACCAAGCGUAUGUUUAUAUUAUGGAGGAAGGACAGGAAAACAUGGCCGCUGCACCUCUCAUCUCUUCCACCCUCCUCCAACUGUGCGGGGCAUCCUCAUCAUCCCCCUCCUCCUCCUCUGCCUCUUCUACCUCAGUGACUGACAUAUUAGCAGGUGAUCUCUCCCAUCUCACAGUAGGAGGGGCUGGAAGGAAUGAGAAAGGGGUUGGGGGAAGGCAAGGAGGUCCUCACACCCCCUCGGACACCACCACCAGUACCACUGCCGCUGCUACCACCCUCAGCUCCUCUAUUUUGUCUGCUGUGGCAACUGAGAGGAAGAGGAACUUGGAACACAGAUUCACGAUAUUUCUUCAGCAACACAUUGACCAAGCUCUCGGCAAGGGUUUUGAUGACAACGUAGGCAGACAUUCAGGGCCCAGUUUCUUCAUGGUUCCGAGAGCAAGUGUUUGGUUUGAAGCGGUUAAUCGAAUUUACAAUUUCUACGUUUGUGAUCCACAAGAGAAAGACAACAAAGCAAAGCAGGUUCUAACGAGUCUACAGAACCUCGUCGAGACAGAGGUUCGAUUCUCCGCCAGUCGGUGUGCCAAGAUUCUCCCUAUCGCUCUCUCUGCAUACAAGGAUGGUCUGCCCCCACACUACACACAGAUGCACCACCAGGAGAAGCUUGAUCUAGCACUGACAAUCUUAAGUGGCCAAGCACGCGGGCCAAUGUAUGACAAUUACGUGGCCCAGCUGGAGGAGGCGUGUCAGCGGGUGUGGCUUGAUGGUCGUAUGGGGUGUGAAGUGUUGUCCCUCACUGGCAACACCUGCCAUCACCCGAGGCACUCUGUGGAGGGGGAAGAGCCUGCUGGUGGUGGUGGGGGGGGAGAGAGGGGAAUGCCAACCUUACCACACAACUCAGGGGUCACCUACAUCAGCUUCUGCAACUGUGGACGUCGGCAAGGUCAACGAGAUGACCCAUUUUCCACGCACGAGGCUAAUCACGUUUUCUACAGCCAUCUUGCAGAUACUUGCUGUUCCCGUUUGGAUUCAAUUUCCUUCCCUACCUUUAAGCCAAGCGUGUCUAAUGCAAGGGCUGCCAAAGUCUCCAGCUCAGAUGAAGAGGACCUGACCACACCAGGACAUGCAGAUACUAGCUGCCUCUGUGGAUCCUAGCAUCACAGGCCUCAGUCUUUGUUAGUUAUCAGUGUAUGUGGUGGAGCAUCCCAAAUGGUGAUCACACUUACAAAGGAGGAUGUUACGACUCAAAUGAUUAUCAUAGAUCGUGGCAUCAUCCGGCAGCCAUCUACCACAGAGUAUCUACCAGGGAUGUUGACAACUGCUUCCCCCUCCGGCCUGCUCCCCCAGACCUCAUCUUGGGCUCUCACCUGCCUGGGCCCCUCCUCUCUCUACUCCCACAAUGCCGGUAUCUGUGACCAGCCUGGGUUCUUGCCAGGCACAAAUUUUCUUCUCCCUUGGGAUGUGACAGUCAAGAUUGAAGAUCGAGAAAAAUGGCCGGCCAUAGCCGACACUCUUGGCAAGAAGGCACUGCUCCUCAAAAAUAAGAAGAAUAAGUGUGGAGACCUGCAUGAGUUUUCAGUGAAGAUUUUCCUUGGUGUCGAGUAUGAGUGCCGAGGAGGACACCGUUUUAUGCUUGCUUCCCCUGACAGACACCUAAAGGCCUCACCAUCAGGACUUGUCAAAGAUAAUGCUGUCAAGAUUGCUAAUGCUGAUAUGCCUCUCUAUUUUCCAUGUCCCUGCAGUCGCAGUGGUGGUGGAAUCAUGAAUGGCCAGCUGAUGCGACUCCAUGUUGUGACUCCAAAGGCACCAGUAAAUGUGACCCUUUCCCCGCAAGUCCAGCCCGGCCCUGAUCCCUGUCCCCGAUACAUCCCUCAGCCCCCCUCCACUCCCCCCGUCAAGCUUUCUGCUUCAGCAUAUUGGGUCCUUCGCUUACCAUAUGCCUAUGUUGGUGACCAGGGACCCCAUUACCCACCUGAUCCCCGCCAGCCCACCCCACCCUCGUUUGCUCGGCUCUUAAAAGGAUGUUAUGGUAUCUCACAGGUCAUGUUAGAUAGGUGAGGGGUGUGUGUGGGUGGGUGGGUGGGUAUGGGUGUGGACGAUAGGAGGAAGAGGAGGUGUGGUUGUUAUUUUUUGGGAGGAAGAAGUGGGGAAGGAGGAGGAGGAGGAAAUAAUGUCUUCUGUUUCUGGAGUAGAGGGAGAGGUGUGGAUUUUCUUUGUGGAAGAGGAGAGGAGGAGGUAUGUUUCCUCUUGCUUAUGUAGGAGGAGUUGGAGUUGGAGGGGAUGACAGAGUUGUAAAUACACCUAACUCUCCGUUAUCACGCCUCCUGUUAUCGCGUUUAGGCGUUAUCGUGCACUUAUAAAAUCUGCAAAAUUCAGUUUUAGCGCAUCUGGAAAGUUGUUAUCGCGCACCUGUAGUAGUAGUAGAAGUAGUAGUAUUACCCAUAUCCUAACCACACACCAACAAAUGUUUAGAUGGGGGAGGAGGAGGAGGAAGAGGUGGAGGGGGAGAAAGAUGAUGAUCAUGAGGAGGAAGAGGAGCCAGCAGCCAAUCAUCGCUGUGUAUUCAUGUCACAUGAUUUGAAUAAGGGAGCUAAUUGGUUCUGGUCACUGCUCACCACCACCACCGUGGUAUUCUGUUGUUCAGAGCUGGUUUUUUAGGAAAAUUUUUGGCUUGAGGCACCAAUUUAUUUAUUUCCUAUUUAUUGUUCACCCGCUAUCAUGUUUUCCCCUAUCGCGCGGUUUUUAGGCACCAGUUUUGCACAAUAAUAGAGGGUUAGGUGUAUAAGGAAUUGAUAAAAGAAAAGAAGAAAGAAGGCAAGAAAAGAAAUUAAAUUAAAUAUAAUCUCUCUCUCUCUCUCUCUCUCUCUCUCUCUCUCUCUCUCUCUCUCUCUCUCUCUCUC